AUGCAGAGGGGCGACGCCGCCGGGCUGGUGGCGGAAGGGAAGACCGUUACGGCGGGAAGAUUCGACUCCUCGAAGGUGCUGCCUCAGAAGGGCUUGAAGGAGAAGGACAAGAUCACGAAGCUCCCCGGCCAGCCCGCCGCCGGCGUUGACUUCGAACAGUACAGCGGCUACGUCACCGUUGACGAGAAGGCCGGAAGGGCCCUCUUCUACUACCUCGUCGAGGCUCCGGAUGCCGCCAAGAGGCCUCUCCUCGUUUGGUUCAAUGGAGGUCAGUUAUCCUCUCCCAUUCGUGUUUCUCUCUCUAAAGAAAUCUCUCUCUCUCUCUCUCUCUCUCUCUCUCUCUAGAGUGCGUUCAAAGAAAUUGUGAAACUGGGCUUUGUAUUCUUUCCUCUCCUUCUCCCAAGGAGGGGAGGAGAAAGACUGAAGCUUUCCGAAAAACAAGGCGUCGCUCAAACAUUUACUUUCUCUCUCCAUUAUCGGGGUCAGCUAGAUCGGUGCCAGAAAUUUCUCGCUCAAAUUCUCCCGAACUUUCCUUCACAGGACCCGGCUGCUCCUCCCUUGGCAUUGGAGCCCUGGAGGAGAUCGGACCCUUCCGAGUGAUGAGUGACGGAAAGACGCUCUUCUCGAACCCCUUCGCGUGGAAUCGCGGUACAUUAAUCUCUCUCUCUCUCUCUCUCUCGCUCGCUCUCGCUAAAAAUGAGUGAAAACUCUGGGAGAUGGGUGCAUUGACUUUUUAGCCAAACUCUUGAAGCUUUCGCUGCUGCCAGGCACUAGAAGGGCUAUAUCCACAUGCACUUAACUAGAGAUUUGGAGCAGAGAGGAUGAGACUGAGGAACUCUCUCUCUCUCUCUAUCUAUCUAUCUCUAUUGGGCAGUGGCGAAUGUACUGUUCUUGGAGAGCCCUGCCGGCGUUGGGUUCUCCUACUCGAACACCACCUCCGACUACGACAGCAACGGCGACACCCAGACGGCGGAGGACGCGUACGUCUUCCUCGUGAACUGGCUGGAAAGAUUCCCCGAGUACAAGCACCGGGACCUCUUCCUCGCCGGCGAGAGCUACGCCGGCCACUUCGCCCCCCAACUCGCCCACGCCAUCCUCCGCUACAACAACCAGCUCCCCCACGGCAUCGUCAUCAACCUCAAGGGCAUCGCCGUACGGCCCCUCUCUCCAUUCAACCCAUUUCCAUUCUCUUCCUGCGAUGAAGUAGGGUUCAGAACCGGCGAAUCCUUGUGAUCCAGAUCGGAAACGCGGCCAUCAAUGACCUCACGGACAACAAGGGGAUGCUGGAUUUCUUCUGGACCCACGCCCUCAUCUCCGACGAGAACCACCGGGAGAUCGAACAGAACUGCGACUUCAACGUCGCCGAGGGGAUCAAGAACCCCAAGUGCGACGCCGCCAUAGAGAAGGCCAAGUUGGUCAUGACCCAGAUCGACAUCUACAACAUCUACGGUCCCUUAUGCUACAACACCAGCCUCGUCGACCCCCCCAAGAAGUCCUCGGUCUCUCUCUCUCUCUCUCUCUCUCUCUCUCUAUGUAUCUGCAAACGAAUGCACAUCUAUAUAUCUCCGUAAUUAUCGUCUUCUUCCCGGGACCCUAAUCCAUUUUCUUCUCCGGGUGCAGGUGAAGAGCUCCGACCCCUGCAUAGAUUACUAUGUUUUCGAGUACCUGAACAAUCCGGCGGUGCAGAAGGCCCUCCACGCCAUCUCCGCCGGGCCAGACCAUCCCUGGAUGAUUUGCAAGUAACCGACGUUCCGAUAAUUCAUAGCAGGGAGUCAAUCUUCCGUCCCUUCUUGGAUUAUUUUUCAUUCCGAUGGAUUUAUGUCGCCGUUUUCCCUCCGGCAGCGACUUCUCGUGGGAGGACACCGUCCCCAGCGUCUUGCCUGCUCUCAAGGAGCUCACGGCGAACGGCAUCCAGGUCCUGGUUUACAGGUGAGAGCGAUCGCUUGAGCUUGUUACUCUCCGAUGGCGCGUUCGCCGGCGAGGUUGACUCCGGCGACGAUGGGGUUCCGAUUUGCAGCGGGGACGUCGACGGUAGGGUUCCGGUGACCAGCUCGCGGUACUCCGUCAACGCUCUGAAGCUGCCGGUGAAGACCCCGUGGCAUCCCUGGCUGGUCGCCCAACAGGUAGAAGGGAGUCUGGUUUAUCCUUUGUUCCCCAUCUUCUUCUCACCUGGUGCUCAAUCCAUGGGCUAAUCCUUCUUCUUCUGUGUUGCAGGCAGCGGGGUACGUUGAGGUCUACGAGGGCAACCUGACGCUGGUUACCGUGAGAGGAGGGGGGCAUCAGGUGCCCAGCUCCCAGCCUCACCGGGCGCUGGUGCUCAUCAAGUACUUCCUCCAAGGGGAGCCCCUCCCUCCCUACCCACUUCUUCAAUCCUAG